CUCUCUCUCUCAUCAAAAAUGAUAGCCAAAGACUUGUGUGGUCUACAUACCAUCGUACCAACACUUCAAUGGAGCUUCUGAAUUAAUUUUAGAAGAAUGGUUCCUGAGCUUUCACUCGGACAAAUCCCUCAGGAUAUAACCAAUUAACCAAAGAGUUGAGGAUAUUUCCAUCAAGUGGACUCCUUCCCCUCCUUCUCCAAAUCUCUCUAGAGAGAGAGAGAGAGAUGGAACCAGUAGCUAUGCCUUUGAGUAACAAGAGCAAUGGAGGAGGAGGAGACUAUGACGUUAUCAGAUGGUUCGAAGACGUUGCAGAGAACGCGGGUUUCGUUCAGACCCACACACUUCGCCGGAUUCUUGAACUGAAUUAUGGUGUGGAGUACUUGAAGAAAUGGUUGGGGUGCAUAAAAAAUGUACAAGACAUGGAUGCAAAUGCAUUGGAAUCACUUUACACUUCUUUGGUACCUAUUGCUUCCCAUGCAGAUUUGGAGCCUUACAUUCACAGAAUAGCUGAUGGAGACACCUCUCCUUUGCUCACUCAACAACCCAUCACUACUCUCUCCUUAAGUUCUGGAACCACAGAAGGGCGACAGAAGUAUGUUCCUUUUACUCGACACAGCGCCAUGACCACUCUUCAAAUUUUUAGGUUGGCUGCAGCUUAUAGAUCAAGGGUUUACCCAAUAAGGGAAGGAGGAAGGAUCCUAGAGUUCAUAUACAGCAGUAAACAGUUCAAAACAAAGGGUGGUUUAACAGCUGGAACAGCAACAACUCACUACUAUGCAAGUGAAGAGUUCAAGAUCAAGCAAGAACAAACAAGAUCAUUCACUUGCAGCCCAGUUGAAGUCAUUUCAAGUGGAGACUACAAACAAUCCACUUACUGUCACCUCUUUCUCGGCCUAUUCUUCUCUACUCAAGUCGAAUUCAUCACCUCAACUUUUGCAUACAGCAUAGUCCAAGCCUUCAGAUCGUUUGAAGAGGUUUGGAAAGACAUUUGCAAUGAUAUCAGAGAAGGCACUCUCAGCUCCAAAAUCACCAUACCCAAAGUGCGAAAAGCAGUCUUGGAUAUAGUCUCACCGGACCCAUGUUUGGCUUCGCGGAUUGAAGCGAUUUGCGAGGAGUUAGAAGGGGGAGACUGGUUUGGUUUGAUUCCAAAGCUAUGGCCAAAUGCAAAGUAUGUGUAUUCUAUAAUGACAGGUUCAAUGCAACCAUACUUGAAAAAGUUAAGGCACUAUGCCGGGGAUUUGGCAUUGGUGAGCGCUGAUUAUGGAUCAACAGAGAGUUGGAUUGGGGUGAAUUUAGAUCCUUCAUCUCCACCGGAGAAUGUUACUUUCGCGGUGAUGCCAAGUUUUUCAUAUUUUGAGUUCAUACCGCUGUAUCGACAGAACGAAGAUGUUAGUUCAGUAGCUGAUGACUUCAUAGAAGGUGAGAUAGGACCAUUGUCUGGAGUUAAAGUUGGACAGCAGUAUGAAAUUGUCCUAACUACUUUCACAGGGCUCUACCGGUACAGAUUAGGAGAUGUAGUAGAAGUUGCAGGAUUUUACAGAGGAACCCCUAAACUCAACUUUAUUUGCAGGAGGAAGCUAAUCCUAACAGUAAACAUAGACAAAAACACCGAAAAAGACCUCCAACAAGUAGUAGAGAGGGGCUGCCAAAUCCUGAGCAAGGCAAGAGCUGACCUAGUCGACUUCACGAGCCAUGCCAAUGUGGCAAACCAACCCGGUCACUACGUGAUUUACUGGGAGAUCAAGGAAGAUGUGGAGGACCGUGUUUUAAGCGAAUGCUGCAGAGAAAUGGACGCGGCUUUCGUGGAUCAUGGUUACGUUGUGUCGAGAAGAACUAACUCGAUUGGCCCUCUGGAGCUCUGCAUUGUGGAGAGAGGAACUUUUAAGAAGAUUUUAGAGUAUUUUAUUGGGAAUGGGGCUGCAAUGAGCCAGUUCAAGACCCCUAGGUGUACAAGCAAUCAAGUCCUUCUUAGGAUUCUCAAUGCUUGCACUAUCAAUAGGUUUCGCAGUACUGCAUACUCUUGAGAUCGAUUAUGUGGUGUGUGUGUUUGUGCUAACAAGUUUACAUUUUUUGUAACACUCUUUUAAUUUUAACACUGUUUUUAGAUGUUGUUCUAUGACGAAGGGGUGUGUGUUAGCAAGAUUACGUAAUCAUGCCUUUUGAAUAAUUGUUGUUCCAUUAUUAAGUUCCGAAAUUUCCAAUAACAUUGGUUUCGGGUUGGGAAGAUUUUAUGACAAUCAUAUUUCUCAGAGUACGAAUCAUUUGUCUUA